AAGAAGGAGGAAGGAGGAAGGAGGAAGGAGGAAGGAGGAAGGAGGAAGGCUCGCUGCUGUUUUGGACACGCUGGACGCGGAGCAGGAGCCACGCAGAAGCAACAAGGCCACGCCGCAGCAAGCGGACGCCGCCGCCGCCGCCGCCGCCGUCUUCCUGCUUUGCGGCUUCGACGCCAUGGCGAUUCGCGACGGUUCGCCACGCUCGGCGUCUCACCGCCGCCGCUGUCGCCCUCGCCUCCCAGAACCGGCCUUCGGCGAGGUCAACCAGCUGGGCGGCGUGUUCGUCAACGGCCGGCCGCUGCCCAACGCCAUCCGGCUGCGCAUCGUGGAGCUGGCGCAGCUCGGCAUCCGGCCGUGCGACAUCAGCCGCCAGCUGCGGGUCUCGCACGGCUGCGUCAGCAAGAUCCUGGCGCGCUACCACGAGACCGGCUCCAUCCUGCCCGGCGCCAUCGGCGGCAGCAAGCCGCGCGUCACCACGCCCGCCGUGGUCAAGCACAUACGGACGUACAAGCAGCGCGACCCGGGCAUCUUCGCCUGGGAGAUCCGCGACCGGCUGCUGGCCGACGGCGUGUGCGACAAGUUCAACCUGCCCUCCGUCAGCUCCAUCUCGCGCAUCCUGCGCAACAAGAUCGGCAACCUGGCGCCGCAGGGCCCGUACGAGUCCGGCAAGCAGCCGCCGCCGCCGCCGCCGCACCCGCCGCCGCCGCCGCAUCAGAGCGCGCACCAGCACGCGCCGCAGCCCUACAACCACUUGUACUCCUACCCGGCCUCCAAGGUGCCCACGCCGCCGGGCGUGCCCGCGCUGCCGGGGCACAUGGCCAUGCACCGGAUAUGGCCCUCGUCGCACUCCGUCACAGACAUUCUGGGGAUCCGCUCCAUUACGGAGCAGCAAAACGCCGAGUGGCUGGCCCACAGCGAGCAGCUGUGUCACGGCAGCCAGCAUCCCGGCCUCCCGGCGGCCCACCACCCGAGCGUCAGCCUCCACGGGGUCCAGCGGCACCACGUCGGCCUCUGUGACCGCACGCACAUGGCCGCCGCCGCCGCGGCCGCCGCCGCCGCCGCCGCCGCCGCCGCCGGCCAGUGGCAGCUGUGACGGCGGCCGCCGGACCUCCCCGGGCCGCGACGUCACCCGCCCGGCGGUCGCGGCUUCCGCCUGGUCUCCCCGAUGACUUUUUGGUCCCCCUAAAUGAAGGACUACUGGAUUUUAUUUUCAUUUUUUUUGGGCUGUUCCUCGACGUAAUUAUCGAAUUGUCGACGUGGCCGCGAACGCACCACGGAAUACCCGGCCACAGGUGGAGCAAAAGCCGUCAUUCCACGCGCAUGCGCUGAGCUUCACCAAUCGGCACUACGGACAGAAGAGGGGGAAAAGAUGUUGCAUUCAGGGUGCUUCUUAAUAAUUGUAUUUUUAUUUUAAUUUUAAUUUUUUUUUUUUUUUACUUUUGUAUGAGUUUCGUGUAUUACAGCAGCGAUUCCCAACCUUUGAGCCAAGGCACACAUUCUACUUCGGGGGGAACCAGGGGGGGUUUCAAGACCUUCUUCCCCUCAUGACAAUGAAUAAGAUAUAACUUUUUACUAAAUACAUAUAACUACCAACAUUGCAAGCAAGCCUCACAUAUGUUGUAAACUAUGAACAAUAAACCUGAAAUGUCCAAAAUCUUCCAAAGUGUAUAUAUAUAUAUAUAUAUAUAUAUAUAUAUAUAUAUAUAUAUAUAUAUAUAAAAGUAAGGACGGGCAAGUACCACUACCAGGUAUUGGUAUCGGGCCAGUACCAGCCGUAUUUCAAGGUAACGGGUACUCACUACGGCUGCAGAUACCCGCCACUGAUUGUUAGGGGGAAACAAAUAAUAAUAAUAAUAAAAAAUAAAAUCUGACAUUAAGUCCUCCCGGCCGGUAGUUGGCGCGACACCACAUCGGCGAAUCUUCCCAGUUCACCGUCAUCGUGUUCUUUGAUAUCUGAUGUAGAAGUACGAGUGGUAUCUGUACUCGCUACCAGUGAGUACUCAAGAGUGAAUACUCGUACCGGUAUCGGUCUGAAACAAGUGGUAUCGAACACCUCUUUAAAAAAAACAAAAACCACAAACUCAAGAAUCGCUGACACCUCAGUCCGACGUCCAUCAUCCCGUAGCUCGUCGGGUGGCCUCGCGAGGGUAAUUGGGGGGUUUCCGCUCGUGUCGCUGAUACGGACCGACGUCAGCCGUCUGUCGCAGCGCCCGCUGGCUGGGGCCCUACGCGGGGGAUUCCCGACAGUCGUCGCGGUGGCUUUGUUCUGUCAUUGAUAAGAGCCACCGGCAGUCGUCCGUCGCGCCCUCAAUUGCCUGAGUUUCACGCCGUCUUGCGUCACAGAAAUUAGAUACGUUAAUUCCAGUAUGAACCGUCUGCCAUCUAGUGGACGAGCACGUCAUUGUUCCAUCCCAUCGCUAUACUGGACGUCAUUGGCAUAAAUUGUCUUCGUCGUCAACAAUUUGUGGGCCAAUUGAGGGAAAUUGGAGUGUUUCCCACGGCGCACUGGUUGGGAAUCACUGCAUUACAGAGCAUCGUUUUCCUCACCGCCUCCCCCCAUCAUGUUUAUUAUUAUUAUUUAUUAGAUUAAAAGGUACGUUGAAUGAAGUGCAAUUAGCCGCCGUAAAGACUUGCAAUUGGCGUAUGUACUUAGAGUAACGUCGUUGCCAGACUUGUCGGCAGUGACGACUGACACGUGAUGUUGCACAAUGAAAUUGAAUGUAUCUUAUUAAAUUGCUUGGAUGUUUUGGAACUUUGGUAUUUGGCGCUUUAUUGUGAAGGGAAACGGCGACGUCAGAGCGGCAUCUGUUGUUUUUAACGGCACAGAAAUUCUUUUCAAGUUGCCUGCAGUUUAAACGUCGACAAUUGUUUCAUUUCGAAGGGGAGAAGCUACAAAAGAGCUUUUGAAAAUGGUCAGACUAAUUCUGCUGUGGUUUCGCAAUUUUUUCAUUGGAUUUUUUUUUACAUUUUAUUUGGAAGGGGAGAAGAUAGGAACUUGCAUGUGAUUCCUCGAAGAGUUUUUGAACAUUGUGAAAGCAAUUAAGUUGUUGCAUUUUAUUUGGAAGGGGAGUAGCUGGAAACAUGCUGGUGCUAAGACGUCUUGAUUAUUUUAUUUUGAAAGACUGACGGCGCAGUCAUUCCUCAAUUUUUGGAAAUCAUAUUUUGAAGAGGAGAAAAUACAGAUGCUCCAGGGAUUAAUCAAAGAGAUGCAAAUUGCUGCCUGUUUUCUCAUUUUUUUGGGUAAUUUUAUUUUGAAGGAGGGAAGCUAGAAACAUGCUCGUGUUCUUGAGAACAUUUUAUUUUGAAAGUUAGUAAUAUUGCAGUUUUCCCAAUCUUAUUUUGAAAGGGGAGGAGAUAGAAAUUAUACAGUGUUUACAAAAUAUCUUGUAAAUGUUUAUUUUAUACUUUAUUGAUGAUAUAUUUAUCAUUUUUAUGGCUUUAUUACAUUUACAAUAUGUUUCAAUCAAUCCACUUGAAGUCAAAACAGCACCAUUUCCAUUUUGGAAGUUCCCUAACGUAACAUUCCGUUCAGAACGUAGUCGAUCUGAACGCGACGAGGCAUCCAAAGCCUAAAGAAAAAAAAAUAUAUGAAAAUGCACGAACACUUUGGCGGAGGCGUCAAGUGUCAUAAAUAAUACGACCAGACAUGUUGAAACAGGAAGCGGGGGGGGGGGCUGACGAAUAUUUAAGGGAACCCCCCCAGCUCUCCCACCCCCAAAAAAAAGAAAAGACGCUCACCUGCUGCUGACUUUACCUGCGCGUGGAGGGACUCGUGUUGCGGCGCCUGGCGCAGUGUCG